AUGGCGCCCCCGGCCUCCAUCAACAUGUCCGUCCACUCGGCCGACCGGCCGUUGGACAAUUACCAAUUCACAUUCGAGUCUUACCUGGACGACUCGGCCCAGAUUGAGCCCGAUCAAGCCUAUCUCUUCCCCAAUGAUAACCCAGAAAACGAUCGCGUCGAUGAACAAUAUGAGAUCAUCAAGAUGAUCAUGGACGGGCGGCUCCAUCUCGCCCCCUUCUCCGACGACCGCCCUCCACGGCGAGUUCUGGAUAUCGCAACUGGCACAGGAAUAUGGGCUAUCGAGAUGGGCGACAAGUACCCCGAGGCCGAAAUCAUUGGGACAGACCUAUCACCCAUCCAACCCGGCUUUGUCCCGCCAAACGUACGCUUCUUUAUCGAAGACUCGAGAGAUGAUUGGGACUACCCUGCCAAGUUUGACUUUAUUCACACCCGGGUGACCCUCGGCUGCUGGUCAGACAUGAAGAACGAGAUCAUCCAACGCUCGUUCGACCAUCUCCAACCCGGAGGCUGGCUUGAGUGUCAAGAAAUCCCCGCCCCGGUCAUGUGCGACGACGGCACCCUGCCGGAGGACUUCGGGUGGCUACGGUGGGUCCGAGACUUUCGGGCUGGUGGACAGGUCGCCAAUCGGCAGGUGGACCUCGGCCCUCAGUUGACGGGGUGGAUGCACGAGGUCGGAUUUGUUGACAUCCAUGAGAUGACCUUCAAGAUACCCAUCAACGGCUGGCCCAAGGAGAUGCGGCUGAAGCACAUCGGCAUGAUGUGGCAGCGGAACCUGCUAGAGGGCUUGAGUGGGUUCAGUCUCGGCAUGUUCAACCAGUUGGGCAAGACCGUCGAGGAGAUAGAGACGUCAGUUCUAUCCGACACCGGCUUCAGGGGAGCACACCACCGGUGA